GUAAUAAGUUAAACUAACUAAAUAAAAGCCUGAAGUGUUUGGUGUGGAACUAAAAAAACAGCACUGUGUGGGCGGCGCUGUAAAGGUUUUGUUAACAUUUGAUGUGAGCCAGCAAUGUUAGGCAUGGAUAUCACGGGAAUAGUGACAAACUUGUUCGUGAUUAUCCUUGAAGAUGGGAAGAGAGAAUCCGUUAUUCUUAAACAAUGUCUUCUUCGUAUUUCUCUGCAAUCAAACCGGUCAAAUGUCCUGCCGAAAUCCUAACGUGAGUUUUCAAUAUAUUCAGCACCCCGAAAACGAGAAUUUCGAGGACUAUUCGAGCGGUUACCACGAAUUGGACGAAUAUGACAACGACGUAUACCACAGAGUGCAGACAAUCACAAAAACCAGCCUUGACAAUUUCAAAUACAGUGGCCUUGGGCAUUUUGUGACGGUGCUCGAGAUAUCAAUCAAAACAAACUUGGAGUUGUGGUCAACUACUUUUGACCUUUUCCAUGUCCUCAAAUCUAAGUUGAGCAGUUUCCCCAACAUCAAGAGCAUCAUCAUCAUCUUUUUCGAGCGCUGGAGACUCCAGCACCAUUACCACAGCCACUACCGCAGCUACUACAGAUCCGACAGCAGUGGGCAGUUGAUUGAAUAUGAACCCACUUCAUCGGAUUAUGAUAUGUUUGUAUGUUGCAGGAAGUGGUACCAUGAAAUACCUCCCAAAGUUUCUGCCCUGGACAUUACCUUGCCGCGCUAUAAGUGCGCUGGAGUCAUUUUUAGCAACCAGUUGCUUGGUGUGUAUGACAAACAGCUGAUAUUUCUAAAGUACAAUCUGAUGUUUGCCUUUCCGGAGGGCAGUUCAUUCGACAAGUUUAUCACUCACAAUCUGACCACUCUAAGCCUGGAUUACAUAUUAGUCAAUUAUGCCUGGAAUCAGUAUUUCGAGGGCGAAUAUUCAGGUCAAAUAGACUUUGCCAAGCUGCACAACUUUUCCCUACUGUACACUUGGGUCGAAUUAGUGGCCGGCGGCGUGCCUUUGGCUCCAAUAUUUUUAACUACACUCUCAUUCAGUUUCCCUAAGCUUAAGUAUCCGGAUGUCAAGUACCCCUCGCAUGCUCUCAGGCUGUUGGAGGCGGCAACACUUCCGCCCUGUUUGCAGCAUCUCGGCGUUAUAGGAACACUGGUGGAGAUUGUUGCAUUUGACUGGACCCGCUUCAAGAAGAUCGGUGACUUAUCUGUGGUUGUGAUACAAGGAAUUGCGGCUUGUCUCCGGCGAUUGAUUGAUGAAUCAAUCGCUAGUUAAUUCCCUACUUGGAUAUGCAGGAAUUCAUAUGCACAUAAAUACUAAUGAAUAUGAACAGUGGAGACUGCUCAUACCUUAGCUUUCUUUUAGUUCAUUUUGUUUAAUAUAU